AUGAACUCGCGCUCCGUCCUCUCCCAAAUCCUCCGCCGCUAUCACCAACCAACACCAACCUCCGCGCCGCGGCGGCUGAUUGACUUGUUCUCUUCUGUCCGAGGAUUCAGUUCCCUCCCCCGCGUCAGGCCUGCUGUCCGUCCAUCGUCGACGGCGGUGUCGCCGCUACAUGGGCAGUGCUACGGCACCACGGCCCGGCGGAACUCCGUCCUCCGGUGGUACCACGAUCCUCGGAAGGUCGCUGCGGCCACGGCGAUCACCUUGAGCGCCACGGCCAUGGCAGCCUGCAGCCGCUACGACCGAGAGAUCGUGCCCUGCACCAACCGCUCCCACAGAGUCGUCUACUUCCAUCAGGAAGAGCGCGACCUCGGCGACGCUGAUUUCGCUGUGAACAAGGCCAGGUUUGUGAUCCUGGACCCAAGCGAUCCCAGAAGCAUCCGUGCCUGUCUCGUCACCGAGAGGAUCGUCCACGCUGCCCACCGUGGCCUCGGCCUCUACGACAGCAACGACGCCCCAAUGCUCCGCGUGACCCGAAAAUGGGGAGCGGCAGCGGCACCACAGCCACACGCCAGUCAUCUCCGUGCACUCAACUGGGAGGUGUUCGUUGCCGAAAAUGGCACCCCGGAGGCAGUAACCGCGCCCAGCGGCAAAAUUAUGGUCUCCACUGGACUUCUCGACCACUUCAGCGAUGAGGAGCUUGCUGGUGUUCUUGCCCAUGAGGUUGGACACGUCAUUGCAAGGCACAGAGCGGAUAUCAGCGGCUGUUACCCGGUGUUUCUGGAGAGAAUCAUGUCGCGCAGGAUGGAGAUAGAGGCAGAUUAUAUUGGAAUCUUGCUGCUCGGUGCUGCUGGUUUCCAUCCACAAUGGGCCCUUGUGCAAUUGGCAAAGGGAGAAAAGUUUAGAAGACUUUCUGUACUAGAAAAAUUCCUUUCCUACCAUCCUAAGACAGAGAAAAGAUUGCAGCUUUUAUCACAAGCAAAGACCAUGAAUGAAGCGCUUGAAUUGUACAGAGAAGUUACUGCUAUGGACAAAGUUAUCGAUCGGUAUUUUCCAUACCAUGUAAAGGUGUAG